AUCCCCCAAUGUGUCCGGGGUUGCUGAUUGGAUGAUCCCUGCCUGGACGUGGAUUCUGAUUGGCCGCAGUAACGAUGCUGAUUAAGGAAUAUCGGAUCGCUCUUCCCAUGAGCCUCAGCGAGUACCAAGUCGCUCAGCUCUACAUGAUCCAGAAGAAGAGUCGGGAGGAGAGCAGUGGGGAGGACAGUGGGGUGGAGAUCCUGGAGAACCGCCCGUAUUCCGAUGGCCCGGGUGGGUCCGGACAGUUCACCCACAAGGUGUACCACGUGGGAUCCCACAUCCCUGCCUGGUUCCGGGCCCUCCUCCCCAAGGCAGCGCUGCAGGUGGAGGAGCAGUCCUGGAACGCCUAUCCCUACACCCGCACCAG